AUUAUCUAAAAUGGAUCAAAGUAGUGAUAUUGAUUUGAAAGAGAUCAAUGAUGUUAUUGCUAAAAAAUGUACAGAGAGAGAAAAAUAAAUCCAAACAUAAGUCGAAGAACAUUUAUUAAAGUACAAGAAUGAAUGUGAGGAAUUGAUAAAAAAGAUAUAGGCUGAACAUAAAAGGAUAGUUGAUGAACAUAAUGCAGGUCUUGAUUAAAAUAAGAAGAAAUUGGAUGAAAAGGUAAAAGAAGUUAAGAAAUUUGUUAAUGAUGAAAAAGUUAAAAUAAACGAAUUGAUAAAAAAAAAAAUGGAUUCAUUAGUUGGAGAAUAUGAUAAGAUUGAUAAGGAAACUGAAAAGAAAUUAAAAGAUGUUGAUGAUUAAUAUAAAUAAUUAUAAUCAGACCUAAAAGCAGAAAAAGAUAAACAGAAAUCAGAAUUAGAUAAAAUUAAAAAAGAGGAAGAAGAAAAAUAAAAAAAAAUUACUAAAGAAUUAGAAGAAGAAAAAAAAAAAUUUGAAUAAGCUAAUAAACAAUUAGAAGUGGAAAAAAAUAAUUAAAAAUAAUUGAAUGAAAACUUAAACAAUUAAAAGAAAGAAUAUGAGAAUUUGACAAAAUAAUUAUAAACUAUUCGAGAAGAUUUAAAAAAAGCUCUAUAGGAAUCAGAUAACCAAAAAAAUUCAAACAAGAGUCUGAUCUAAGAAAAGGCAUAAUUAUAAUCUACUAUUGAGUAAUAAAAGAUUGAAGUGAAUAGAUAAAAAACAGAAUUAGACAAAAAAAUCAAAGAUUAUGAAUCUUAAAAGAAUCAAUUUGAUAAUUUAUAGAAACAAUUAGAUUAAUAAAUAUAAGAUUAUUAAUUUUAGAAGGCUUAAUUUGAUAAAGUAAAUCAAGAUUAUUUCAAAAAAAAGAAGGAAUUAGAUUAAUUAAAUGAUAAAAUUGAAAAAGGGUAGAUAGCAUUUUAAACUUAAUUAACGAAUAUGUAACUUGAAGAAUAGAGAAAAAUACAUUAAUAACAUAAUGAAAUUGUUAAAACACAAGAAAAAAAAUAUGAGGAAGAAUUAAAUUCUUUAUAAAUGUAAUCAUAAACUAUUAUUCAAAAACUUAUGGAUGAAAAAAAUGAUUUAAGUAAGUAAAUAACAGAAUAUGCAAUUAAAGAAUUGUAAAGGGAAUAAUAAUUAUAAGCAGUAUCUCUGAAAGAAGCUAUGUAAACUUUUGAAGAAAUGAAAAAAAAUUAUUCAAAUGAUUAAAACUGGGCUUUGAUUGAACAAUAUAUUAAAUCAUUUGAAAUGAAAACUUAAGAAUUGGAAGACGCAAAAUAGGAUUUGAUUCAAAAAACCUAAAUUCAAGCACAAACUUAAGAAUCAUUAGACAAAAAAUAAAAUGAUCUAGAGAAAAAAUAAGCAGGUUUUAUGAAAAUCAAAGACAAAUAUGAAGAUUGUUAAAAACAGUUAAAAGCAUGUUAAGAAUAAAUUUAAAAAUAAUUAAAAGAGAUUGAAGCUAGUAGUUAGGUUGAGGAUAAAAUAAGGUAAACAUAGUCAAAGUAUUAAUUUUAAUUAACAUAAUUGAAAGAUAAAUUAGAUAAGCAAGAAGUGCAAUUAAAAAAAUAAAAAGAUUAAUUUGAAACUAUUACUAAAAAGUAUGAAGAAGAAUUGAACAAGAGCCAAAAAUUAUAAGAGGAAAUCGAACAAGAAAAAAAGAGGAGAAAUGAUGAUAUUGAAAAAAGCAAGAAACUUAUUGAAGAAAAAAAUUAGGAAAUUGAAAAGUAUUAAAAUAUUUUAAUAUUAAUAGACUACAAUCAUUAGCCUAAUCAAAAUUAUUAGAAAACAGCAAUCAAAUAGCUGAGAAAGAGAUGGAAAGUAUAUAGGCUUCAAGUAUACAUAUUUGUAUUUAUAAUUUAGCUGAUAUUAAAUUAAAGAUAAAAAGUAUCAAAGAUGCCUUGAAAAAUUAUUAAGAAUCAAUGUCUGAAAGUAUGUUGUUGAAAUGUAAUAUUAAUAUGUAAAUAAUUAGAAUAGUUAUUGUCUAAGAUAAAUUCCGUAGAAGUGUAAGCCCAGUUAUAUCAAAUUCAAAUAGCAGCCUGAAAUAUUAAAUAGAU